AUGUCUCCCGGACUUUCUCGUGCAUCGUGUCUUGACAAACCUCUUGUUAGUUUCUCCGUUGAGGAUAUCCUUGCACUUGUUGGAGUCCUUGAAGUACCCGAACCAUAUAGGACUGAAAGUCACCACUGCUUUCAUGCAGUGGAAGCCUUAUGCCUUCUCCUCGCGCGAUACCGUAAUGCGGGGACCUUGGCCGACUUGACGUUGAUGUAUGACCGGUCCACAAGCUCUCUCACUGAGCUAAUCAAUAGUCUUACCUGUUAUUUGGAACGUACAUGGGGUCACCUUCUUGAUUUUGAUCACUCUUUCCUCCUGUCUUCCUCGCGCCUGGUCACAUACUGUCAGGCUACACAACAAGUCAGCAGGUACCCAUCAUUGCACAUCUGGGCCUUCCUCGACUGCACAUUCCGAGGAGUAUGCCGCCCAGUUCAAAACCAACGGGUUGCAUACAACGGCCAUUUUGCAGGGCAUGCACUCAAGUACUCCGCUUUGGUUUCUCCGGACGGCUUGAUCGUCCAUCUGUUCGGACCAGUCGAAGGACGCCAUAACGACAACUGGCUCUUGCGCGAAUCACACCUUCUUCAAUACUGUGAGGCAUACGCCCGUCGUCCCGAUGUCCCGACUACAGCCCCGCCCGGCGAGCAGUACAUGCAGGUAUACGGUGAUUCCGCAUAUGGUGUCAGUCACCUUAUCCUCAGCCCAUUCAACACACGCUCUGGUGGUCAACUGAGUGCCGAACAGCGCCAGUUCAAUGACACUAUGGGGUCUUUGCGUGUUGAGGUCGAGCAUGGAUUCGCGGAGGUGCUCCGAUAUUGGCCAUUCCUCCGUAUGUGCUGGGUUAUGAAGAUAUAUUGGUCGCCUGUUGGUAUUUGGUACCGUGUUGGUGUGUUACUUACCAAUGCUCGCAAUUGUUUGCAUCCAAACCAGAUAUCGAGAAGAUUUGCAUGUCCUCCACCAACGCUUGAACAAUAUUUCCAUCACUAG